AGAAGCCGUCGAUUGGCCGUCAUGGUCGUUGGUUCAGCUUCCGGCGCCAGGCUGGGGGUCUGGAAGUGUCCCUAUGGCAACAGUGCGCCUUUCCACUAAUCUCCCAGGCCCGACGCGCCUCCCUUGAGAGCCCCUUUCUCCGCGCUCCCGCGCUUGCUUUCCUCCCGUCCCCUUGGAAGGCCUGAAAGAGAAAAGGGCGGUCGAGUCAACUCGCGAGCGCGGGAGUUUCCUCAGUUCUGACCUCUCCUGCCCUCGGAAGACGGGCCUGGCGGAGCUUGACGGUUGGUCGUGUUUCCCUGCGAAUGCUUCAUUGUGAGUGUGUGUGGUGUAUUUUUUGAUUCCAGCCCUGUUCCAAAGAUUCUUGAAGAUUUGAUUAUCUUGAGUCAGUUAUGUAAGGAGCAUAAUGAUGGAUGAAACUACUGACUGUAUGAAGAUGGAUGCUGGGGACUAUAUGCAAACUAAUCAUACUUCUGUGUUCAAGACUUUUCCUGAGCAACAGAAUGUUAUUUCAGGCAACCAGCAUCCAUUGUCUGACAACAAGUUUUUAUCAAACAAGUUUAACAGCUUGGCGGGACCUUCCACUUGUGUAACGGGAAAUAUUUCUUGUAGUUUCAAUUACUAUCCAGAAUCCACAAGCUUUGAGAGCUGCCCAGCAACUGGAAUAAAAAGAACAUUUGGAACAAGUGCCAAUGGUCAGUGGAAGAGUUGCAGCUCCACUCUUGGCUCUGUUUCACAGAAGCCCAGAGUAAGUCGCAGUGUAUAUUUUGAAACACGCAAAAAUCCAAGUAUGACUACAAAUUCCUUUGUAGGAAAAUCAAAUCACCAUAGUCAAAUUUCUGCCUAUGAAAAAUCCUUUCCAAUUAAGUCCGUUGCUAAUCCAUCAUGUCGUCGGAGCUUACUAAGUCCCAAGAAGUCUCAAAGAAGAUUCAUCAGCACUGCAGAAGAGACAGUUCGGGAAGAAGAGAAAGAAAUAUACAGGCAGCUGAUUCAAAUGGUUACAGGGAAAAAUCUGUCAGCUUCCAAAGCCUCUUCAUUAUUGUCUCUUCACCUGACCAGGUGUGGAGGUUCCAAUAAAAAAACUACGAAAGAAACUGAAAACAAAUGUAUGAAACCUUUUGAUGUUUGUGGCCCCUCUCUGGGCAACCCAACAUCCAGUCUUAGGAUGCAGGAGCAUCUUUCUCACAAACCACUGCCGCAACCAGUUUGUAGUUUUACUUCCCAUGUUAACUUUGAUCCCAAGACCAGUACACCCAUACAACAAACAAAUCUACCAGCAUUGGAUGUGCAGACUGAAGGAUGUGAUUCAAUCAUAAUGCUAAAUGGCAAAGACUUCAGAUCUCCAGCUCCAAGUACACCUUUCUUUGAGGCUGAAUUGUGGAUAAAAGAAUUAACCAGUGUAUAUGACUCCCGAGCCCGUGAGAGAUUGAGACAUAUAGAGGAGCAGAAAGCCUUGGCAUUGCAGCUUCAGAAUCAGAGACUGCAGAAAGAGACCUCAGUACCCGAGUCAAUAAACUUACAUCUUCGAGUUCCUCUUGAAAAGGAAAUUCCUGUCACCAUUGUUCCAGAAGAUAAUAAGACAGCAAAUAGUGAAGAUGAAUUUCCUGAAAUUACUGAGGAAAUGGAGAAAGAAAUAAAAAAUGUGUUACGAAGUGGAAACCAGGAUGAAGUGUUGAGUGAAGCCUUCCGAUUAACUAUCACUCGGAAAGACAUUCAGACUCUUAAACAUCUCAACUGGCUCAAUGAUGAGAUUAUUAAUUUCUACAUGAAUAUGCUGAUGGAGAGGAGUAAACAGAAAGGCUUUCCAACCGUUCAUGCAUUUAACACAUUUUUCUUCACCAAGUUAAAAACUGCUGGGUAUUCAGCUGUAAAACGUUGGACUAAAAAAGUAGAUAUAUUUUCUGUGGACAUUCUAUUGGUUCCUAUUCACCUUGGUGUCCAUUGGUGCCUAGCAGUUACUGACUUCAGGAAAAAAACCAUCACCUACUAUGAUUCAAUGGGUGGAUCCAACAGUGAAGCUUGUAAGAUACUCUUGAGAAAGUGUUUUCUCAACCUUGGAUAGAUCUACAAUAUAGAAACUUUGGAGACCAUCCACCUUUAUUCCUUUAAAGCAUUUCUAUUCUUCCAGCUGUAUGAAGGAGCUUAAAAAGGCAAGCAUAAAUAUAUAAAUAUGUCCUACCAGCUUCAAAAUGCAGGCACAUAUUUUUACAGGUGACCAGGGUGGACUGGAGAUGGGACUUCUUGUUCCAGUAGUUAGCAAAUUCUAUCACAGCUGCUGCACCUGUGGAACCAAUAUGGAUAUGUCAGCAUUGUGUCAGGGCAGGAAGUGGGAUCUGCAAGCUACUAUGGCAGGGCUGUCAAACUCCCAGCCUGUGGGCUGGAUGUGUUACGUGCUGGCCACGCCCAUGCCCAGUUUAACUAAGGGGAAAAAAAGUCCCAAUACGUCACUUUACGAUGGAAGUUUGACAUCCCUGUACUAUGGUCUAUUGUUAUUACCAAAAUUAAAGCCCAGAAACUACUCACGAAGCUUAGAGAAAUUCUCAUUGUGGUUGGUGGUUAAAAAAAAUACUCCUUAGGGAGUUUUUUUAAAAAAGAAAAGACUUCAAACAUGGUUAUUCUUCUUCUUCUCUUACACCAAAGGAUUGCCUUGUCAGUAGGUCAGUAUGUAGUCCUCAUUUGUCUAGAAAAAUACAUUUUUCAUGUAGGAAGUAAUUGAGUAUCUCAUUCGAGAGCUCGUUGUAGAGCAGUGUUAGUCAAUCUUGGCAACUUCUGGAUGUGUGGGCUUCAUCUUACAGACUUCUCAACAGUGCCAACAGGUUUAUGGUGUGCACCUUUCCAAUUGGAAAGAUGGCAAUAAUUGAUUUAGUGUAUUGUUUUGGAAUGGUGAUUUUAUAUAAAGAAUAAUAAUUGAGGAUUUUUUCUAAUGUUUUACACCAUAUUUAUCACAGUAAACCCAAUAGAAGAAAUCACCAAUAUAAGUAUUGCCAUAGCAAACUACAUUGCUAGUUCUUGUCUGGAAUUAGAAGCAGGCAAUAGUAAAAAGUUAAGAUUAAGUGAAAGAUAGUUGGCUCAAUAAUGUAUUUAGAAAUAUAUAUUGGAUUAAGCUUUUUGGUUGUUAAAUAAUUUGAUGGUUGCCCUGAGAAUGUUGUGGUUAAAGCUUUUCUGCUAGUUUUACUGG